GAACGUUCGUCUCCAUUUGUAAUAAAUGAGCUGAAGCCAUCGACGGCUUGAACAGUAAUCCUCCGCAGUAUCGACACUGAGCUCGAGGAACAAUCAAGCAAGAUAAGAUACUGACUCACAAUGUGGGAUGGACCAGGGCCAGGUCAAGGACCGCGGGGAGGACCACCCUUUCGUGGGGAUCGUCGUGGAGAAAUGUUUGGUGGCAGAGAUCGUCCCAUGCCUGAUUUUAGAGGAAGAGAUGGGAUGAACAUGGGUCAUAUGGGUCCAAGACCUCUAGAUCUACCACCUAUGGACAUGAGGAGAAUGGAUGGGCCACCCAUGAGGGGGCGUGAUAUGGACCCACGUGAAAUGCGAGGUAGAGAGCCAAACAGAGAUUUUUUCAGACCUGGAGAAGAGCCAGACUUCAGUCUCAGAAGGCACUAUGAAACUAGCAUCAGAGACAAACUGAUGAAUUCUACUGGUUUCCCGGGACCAGGCAGGAACUCAGGAGAUAUGGGAGGGAGGGGUAUGCCACCACGGGAACCAAACAGCAGAUUUAUGGACAUGAGAGACAGAGAGUCAUUUCAUUAUGACAUGCCACAGUUCAACAAUCCCAAUAUUGGUGGAAGAAGAGGGGGGUUUCAUAUGGACAGAAUGGAGCGAAAUGAUGGAUUCAGGGACAUGCGUGACAGGCCCCCAAUGGGCAUUGGUGACGCGGAUCGCUAUGAUAUGGACUUAACUCCGCAUGAAAGGAGAAUGAUGGACACUGACAGAAGAGGAGGGCCACCUUUCAAUCCAAAAGGUGGCUUUGAUUCUGAUACUGAUUUCAGAAAUCGUCUUGGGCCGUCAGCUGAAUUUAGAGGUAGGGAUCGAUCUCCGUUAAGAUUUGGAAACAGUGAUAUUUCUCCAGCGGACAGGGCAAGAUCAGACAUGCCUUCAGAUGUUGCUGGCCCUCAGAGAUCAGAGUUUAUGGGUGCAGAGGACAAACUCAGAGAGAGAGAAUAUCCAGAUUCAAGUGGCAGUCCCCUCAUGGAUUAUCGAAGUGGUGAAGAGAUGACUCUUGCAGAGGAAUGGAAGAACCGUCGGAAGGACAAGAACCCGUUCUUAAACAUGGGUAAAGGUAUGGGAAGUGUACCCGAACCCAACUUCCCUGUUGCUUUUGGUAGAGAUGUGAAUGCUAGAAAUCCACCACCAUUUCAGGAAAGGGAUCGACCAUCUGUUGAAUUCCCAGCGAAAGAUGUUGGCUUUCCUCAUGGUGACCGCUUCCCUGCUAUUGAUCUACCAUCAAUUGGCAGCAAAGGUCCACAAGACCAUCCACUACCGGAAAUAAGCCCACUUAUUGGCCCUCUUGGGAGAGAAAAUGAGAAUAAACAUUGGCUUGGGGAAAGGGACCCCAAGCAUAGUCAGAAUAAAUCAAAUCGUGACGAAAGGCCCCCGUACCAUAAAGAGAAGAAUCAGCCCUCACAUGAUGCUCAUGUGCCAAGUGACUGCUUUAAAGGGUUGAAAGAUAUCCCACACAAUCAAGGACCUGCCAGGGGUAAGAUGGGGGCCGAACGGGAUUUCCAAAGCAGCAGCACUGUACAGGCAAGAGACCAAGACUACAGGGACAUAGAUUACAGAACAGGGUCUGGGAGAGCUUUUGAUUACAAACGUGAAGUGCUUCAGACACCAGAGAAGCUCAUCAAAGAGUCUAAACCAAUUGCACCUUCAAAAUUUAGUGAGUCCGGUUCUCAGGAUCAAGAUUACAGAAGUGCAUCAGUGGAGGACAAAGUUUCCAAUACCAUAUCCAUAAUUGGUAUUCCAAAGACGGCCACAAUGGAGCAGAUUCUUGGUGCCUUUGCAGUCCGUGAUGGUGUGCCAAUGCAGGGGAUGAAAAUCAAAAAUGUUGUGCCAGGUUACAGCUACGAUACGGCCUAUGUGGAGUUUUUAAACCUCGAGGAUGCAGUCCACUUCAUGGAGUCCAACAAGGGGUCCCUAAAGGUUGGCACUAGCACAACAUCCAUGAAGUACAUCCAGCCGGACGAGCGAGAAAGAAGUGUUCAUGAGUCAGAUCACAAAGUACCUCAACUCCAGGAGCCCCAGUUGCCCAGACCAGAUGAGCCUGUAAAAGAGUUGAAGACCAACUUGAAUGGGUCCAAACCAAAAGGGCCUGUGGAGCCAUUGUCCCACAGCCAGUGGCAGCGUAGCUCUGACCUGACUCCAGAGGCCUGGCAGCAACAGGUGGACCAACAGCUCCAACAGCAAGAAACAGAGCAGCAGGCAGAGCCUUGGGGCAGCCACAACCCACCUCAUCAGAACUUACACCAGCCUGACUCCAUUUUUAAAGACAGCAAAACCAUGAUCAUAAAAAAUGUGAAGCCCACCACCACAGUAGAAACUAUCCUGAAAGCCUUGGAUCCCUUCGCAUAUCUGGAUGAAAGAAACGUUCGUCUAGUCAAGGCCAAGCCACCAGGAGCCAAGUGCUUCUGCUUUGUUGACAUGGACUCCCAUGAGCAAGUGACACGUCUGGUUGAGCUCCUCACUAAACCCAGACCCCUUUAUAUUGAUGGAGUCAGAGUUUAUGCUGAGGUUGCAAAACCCCUCAAAAACCAAAAUUUCAGAAAAGACUUUGAUAAACCAAACAGUUCCAUUCUUGGGUAUCCACCUGAUGCUAGCAUUAUGGGGCAGCUGCAGCAGUACCCACAACCUCCACAGUACUUGCCGCCUCUGCAGCCACCAGCUAGUACCCCCGCUGGAAUGCAAGUCUCACCAUUUGUGUCAGCAGGUGACUUGAUGGCUGGCAGUGCUAAUCCUGCUCUGUCAACAGACCCCAGCAUUGUACAGGGAGUUGGCUAUGGUGAGACUCCAGCGGUGGAUCAGUCAUAUGAGGCUGGUGGUCCCCAUGUGCCCACAGAAUCGGCUGGGAUGACAGUGAGCAUGGACGGAACACAGACCUACAUGUAUGGCUCUGAGAUUCCUGACAUGACCAACUACUUGUACGAUGCCACAUCAGGCUUCUACUACGAUCCUGAGACGACACUGUACUACGACCCAAGCUCGAGGUAUUUCUACAACGCUCAAACCCAAGAGUACUUGUACUGGGAUGCUGUGUCAAAGACCUACAUCCCAGUUCCAGGAGGAUCCUCUGCAGAGACCCAGCCUGGGAACAUGACCGCUGAAGACCAGGCCAUUCUUUCCAACCCAGCAGCAGAUGCUCCUCUGGACAUGAAGAAACUGCCAUUGGUGCCUAACCUCACCGGAGGAGCUCAGACACCAGUUCCUGCGUCUGCUGCAGAUGCCGCCCCGACUUCGACAGCUCCAGAGAAGAAGGACGACGACGACUCCGGUAAAAAGGACAAAGAAGAGAAGCCGAGAAGUCUCGCUGCUGUCAAGAUCAUGAAAGAUAUGGAGCGCUGGGCAAAGAUCCAGAAUCGUCAGAAGGAAAGUGUUCGUGCCGCAUCACCAGUGCUGAAGGGUGGAAUGGACGAUGAUAGGAGGCAGUCCAAAUCCGCUGACGCUGGCUUUGCUAUCUUUGAGAGGAAGAACUCAGGUGCAGAUGAUCUUUUUAAGAAGCCCCUUGCUCCUCCUAAGAAAGAUGAAAAGUCAAAGCGUCCCAUGGGCUCCUUGGGCCUGCUGGCAUCAGACUAUGCAGCUGGAAGUGAUGAAGAGGUGGAAGAAGAUAAGGAGGAGGCGGCUAAAAGCAGUCACAGCGGUUCGUCUGAAGAAAAGGACAACAAGCUGACGGACUGGAAGAAGAUGGCCUGCCUGCUGUGUAGGAGACAGUUCCCCAACAAGGACGCUCUGAUCCGCCACCAGCAGCUUUCUGACCUGCACAAACAAAAUAUGGAGAUCCACCUUAAGAUCAAGAGGUCAAAGAAGGAGCUAGAAGCACUGGAGAACCAGGAAAAAGAACUAAGUGCCAGAGAAACUCCCAGGUCACCAGAACAGAAAAGAAGAAAACACCAUUACCAACAGCCGCAGCAUCAUAAUACCUGGGCUGGAAGCUCCAGAGAGAAAGUCAGCGACAGACCUGGUUUAGGAGCUGAGCCUGCCCCGAGGAAGAAGAAAGAGCCGGUCGUUUGGGACCAUGCCACCUACAAACAAGCAGUACGCAAGGCCAUGUUUGCACGGUUUAAGGAACUCGAGUGAUCUCAUCUGAACACAUCCUCACUUUGAUCUGUGAAUUUGUUAAUAUGACACGCUUGCCCCACCUUGGCAUGAGAAAUCCCAUUGACUGUCUUUACUGUUUCUCAGCCUUGGAUGUUGUUGCCCGAUAGAGACACGGUUUUCUGCACUGAAGUGAAGUGGAAAAUGACAUCGCCUAUAAAUCACAUUUCAAGGCUCCAGCUUCAAAAAGUCGAAAAAAUCAUUUGACGUUCUCAAUAAUGGAUGUUGUAUAGAAAGUGUGUAUUCAUGCUGUUGAUUUGAAUAUUUUUGCCCAUGUUUUAUGUGUGGCCUGUAUGUAGAAUUAGCAAAAUGUUGUCUUUUUUAAAUGAUACUGUCACACUGGCCACGGUUGCAUUUUGUUUAAAAUUGAGCAAUUUUUACAUUUUCAUUUUCAUGGGUCGGAAUUGCUAUUAUAUGGUCACAUUUUUAAGUAAAAAAAAAAAGAUUGUAAGCUAACGUUUCUGUCUCAAACGUGUAUAUUUUCCUCCUGCUACCGAUGUGUUAAAUGUGUUGCCAAGCCUGGUGUUAUGGUGUGCUGGAUGUACAUGCAUCUUGUAUCCACUAGAUGGCAGCAAGACACCAUGUAGUGUAUGUUG